CACUGGUCGUGUGGGAGGGGUCGACCAAAAAAGAGGAUUUAAGAGCGAUGCGCCCAGAGUGAGAUGUCUUUUAAGCAUCUGGCCACGCAUCGUUUCUGCCACCACCACCACCGCUGCCACCAUCUGACGCUAUCGACAAUAAUGGAAGGUCAAAACGUUGCCAAGCGAUAUGGCCAGGACUAUGCUACACACUUCAAAGCGCGGGAGUAUUUGGACACGUACUACAAUACAACACCGGAGGAUUCCCCCAAGAGAGACUUCUUCCCCGAGCUCCUGCAGUUCCUGCAUUCAACCUUCAACAAUGGCGAGAUCAGAGGUCAGCGCCUCCUGGACGUUGGAUCGGGCCCCACCAUUCACCAGGUGCUGAGCGCGUCCGAGUGGUUCCCCGAGAUCUACCUCUCCGACUAUGCGCAGAGCAACCGGGAAGAGCUGCAGAGCUGGCUCUGUCGCUCCCCCGACGCCUUUGACUGGACGAAGACGAUAGAGUUUGUGUGCCGGCUCGAAGGACACAGAAAAACGGUAGAGGAGAAAUCGGUGCACGUGCGCAAGGCGGUGCGCGCCGUGCUGCCCUGUGACGUCAACCAGGAAGACCCACUGCUCGGGUCCUGGAGCCAAGGCCCCUUUGACUGCAUCAUCUCCACGCUGUGCUUUGAGGCAGCGUGCAGAUCGAUAGGCGAUUUCACGGCAGCACUGGGCCACGUUUGCCGCCUCUUGCGGCCCGGGGGAUGGUUCAUUCUUGCCACGGAGCUGGGCGAGACGUUCUACCACAUGGGCUCCGAGAUCUUCCAUGUGCUGAGCUUGGAUGAGACGGUUAUCCGGCAAGUUGUAGGCGAUGCUGGCCUCAUCAUACAGCAGUUGGAAUUGCAUCUUGCGCCUAAGCCAUCUCCCGAUGAUGUCAACGACCACCAGGCCCUGCUCUUCCUGAGAGCCCAGAAGAAGAUGUGAGAUUCCCGUGCCGGAGUCUAUGGUUAUGUUGGUUUCUUUCACACACACUUGUAAUCUAGACCAGUGGGCCCCACCAUUUUCGACCUACAGAUCAGUAUUUACCCUUGAACAAGAUUCACAGACCACCGGUAAAAUUUGGCAAAAUUAAAUGUACCCUUAAAGUGGCAUGAGAUUUUUUGAUUGAAGAGCCAUAAAAAAUAUGAACUGGAUUUUAAUAUAGUUGUACUUAUUAUAUAUUAAAGGCUUGUGCAAUGGGCGUUAAACAAUAUGGUGCUUUGUAAAAGAAAAUGUAUUUCUGCAAUAGUUCUGCAGACCACUUCCCACUGCCUUGCAGAUGACCAGUGGUCCAUAGAUAGCACGUUGGGAACCAUUGAUCUAUAGUAGUGGCUCUUAACCUGGGGUGCACGCACCUCUGGGCGUGCGAGACAUGGCCAAAUUUGUUUAGAAGGCAAAUGAUCGAAACACAAAUGAAGCAUGAGCACGUAAAUGCAACGUACCUUGUUUCAUCAAACCCUAUGUAUGUAUUAACAUUAUAAAAAAAAUUACGAUUAAGAACCAAAGUGGUGCAAGGCUGCAGCAAAGGUUAAGAAUCCACUGGUCUUAUAGAGUAUCCACUUACAGGCGAGUUAUGUGCAUGAAGCUUUGGUACAGGUUUCUCGAACCUUAGUUGGGAAUAAUAUGAUUUUGUAUGCAUGUUUGUUUUUCUCAGGGUUUAUCUCAGCAAUCUCGUUUUGACGCCGCUAAUAUCCAUCAUUUUAUUGAUUGCUGUUAUAGAUGUGAAUUAUAUUCCUAUUAAAAUGAUAUUGAUUUUGAAAUUGUGUAUCAAUAAAA